AUGGGGGCUCGCGGGCGUCACGUGACUGUCAGCGGCGGGGGCUGCGCGCGGAGCACCCGCGGGGCCAUGGCGGGAGCCGGCGACGACGGCUCCUGGGUGGAGCUGCGGUGUGGCCCAGGCUGCCCUGAGCCCGAUCUGGCACCUUCGCCGUUCUCCUGCCACGCCGACGUGGAGCAGAUGCUGCUGGAGGCCCAGCUGGAGACAGAGAGCAGUGACGGGGCCCUGCUCGUGCUGGGAUCCCCAGCCUGGGAUGACGACGGAGCCAGCCAUGGGAGUGAUCAGCCAGGGGAGAGUGAGGUGCUGCCUGCCCACAGCCAGCCCCCACCCGGCUGCCCCCACCCCCGGCAGGUGAGGGAGCUGCUCCCACCACACCCUGCUGUGCCCCCAGGCCCUGCUCUGACCCUGCCCUGUGUCUCCUUCCAGUGGGAUGUGCCAGAGGAAGCCAAGUGGAGGCAGCGACGCCUGACAGCGUCCCUGGGCUGGGCCUGUACCCGCUGCCCUCGGUACCUGUCUCCAAAGGAAUUUGCCUUUGUGUGCUCCCCCCAGCCAGUGCUGUGGAGCCUGCAGGAAGGUGCAGUGGGGAGGAAGAAGAAACUUUUCAGUUCAGAGCUGCUGCUGCUCUUCAUCCCCUCGCUCCUGCUCAGCCACCUGCUGACCCUGGGGCUGGGGAUCUACAUUGGGAAGCGCCUGGCAGCCUCUUCGGCCAACCCUCUGUGAGGAACUGGGCAGGCAGCACCCGCUGCUCCGUUGGGAAUGCGGGGAGAGCCCGGCCCCAGUGCAGCCUGACCGCUCCCAGGCCUCCUGUUUAUGGGGCCUUCUCCCCAUGUCUCUCCCUCAGCCCUUGCCUCGGGAGCUGAUCCCACUCUCUCCCGUAGAUCGGAACCCACUGAUGGCAGCUCCCAGCUGCAGGCAGCCCCUGCCCUCCCCAGCCCCUGGUUACGGGUCCAGAUCCCCCUGUAACAGUUUGUAAAUAAAACUGAGCCCACCUGAAUAAAGAGCCCUUUGUCAGCUCAGGGGCUGA